GGGCUAUUGGUAAGGAUGAAGAUGGCGGAGGAAGCAACAAAAACGACGAGGAGGCCAAUGAGAUUGAGGAGGCCAGGCGCGAGAUGGAGGAGAAACGCAAGGAAAAGCACAGGAAGAUGGAAGAGGAGCGGGAAAGCAUGCGGCAAGGAAUCCGAGAUAAGUAUGGCUUGAAGAAGAAAGAGGAAAGACAAGAGGAGGAGUCAGACCUGAUGACGGAAGGACGAGUGGGGCGCAAGAAGAAGACACCAGCAGAGCUAGCAGCCGAGGCUCACAAAGACGACACAGACGAGGACGAGUUUGCCAAUAAAUCUCUUUGCGAUGAGGGAGAUAGAGAGAAAGAGACAAAAAGGAAUUUGGGGAAGGGGGGGGGGGAAUGGAGUCAUGUUCAAACCACACAUAGACAGGAACUACACGUCAGUCUACGUAGCGAUGAAGUGAUCCGGUGGUAG